UGGAUGAUUUCAGAGGGUUUUGCAAUCAGAAGGAAGGGAAAUAGAGAGAGUUUUCAUCUUGGAUUUUUAGAGGAAGAAAAAUGGGAAUGGGUAUCAUUUGAAACUACGUUUUCCUGAGAAAAUAUGGGAUAGAAAAUGAGAGAAUCCGUGGGAAGCUCUCGUGUUUGGGGAAGGGGAAUUCUGCUUUCUUCUUUGAUCUCUGCAUUUGCUUUCAAAUCUUGAAAAUUCCGUUGCCACAUAGCUUUCUAAGGGUAAAAGGUUUUGACUUUGCGGCGAAAAACCCUUGCUAGGAGGUUCCUCUGACUGGGUUUUGUGACCUCAAAUGAUUGGCAAGAUUUGCAUUUCAAAAUUGGAACCUGAAAUGCUGUUUCUCUGCUUGUGAUGUGUCCUUCUUGGUAUUUUCUCUGAGAUAUGGUUUUGCAGAAAAGGUUAGACUACGGAUUCAAUGGCUAUCAGGUUCCUCCCACACCCAGAGCUACCAGAUCGGCAAGGAGGAGGAGUUCCUUUAAGAAGAAAACUGGAGAGAACCAAAUGUGUGCAUUUGACUUGUUGGCCAUUGUAGCUGGGAACUUAUUGCUUGAGAAAGGAAACAACACUCCCAGUUCUAGUGAUAUUUCAGCUGACAAAGAUCACUGCAAGGUUGCCAAUAAUGCUGUUAAAAAUGAAUGUCAAAAUGAUGAGAAAAAUAUGAAGGUUGAAGUUCAUGAUCAAGGAAGCAUAACUAGGAGCUUCUUUGUUUCAGAGCUUGUCUCACAAGGUAAUGAACAAAACCAUUGUUCCAAAGAAUAUUUGUAUGCUGAGAAUGAUCUCAAUUUAGGAUUAGCUGCUACAGUAGCGACUUCUGAGUGUGCAGAGAGGAUUGGCUCUGGGAUGAUGGUGAAUAGCAAAAGCCAGAAUGAAAUAAGAACUUUUGCUGGCAACUUAGAUGUUGGCCCCUCUUUGCUUAGGGAAUUUGAUAACUGUAAACUAGAGCGUGAAACUAAAAAACUAAUAAAAGAUGAGCCCCAUAAAUGUGGCAAGGUACAAAAUGGCACUGUGGCUAACAUGUGCAGCUUUGAGGAUCCAGUGGUCUGGGAUGAAAAACCUCAUACACUUGUCAGUUCAGGCAGUAGUACCAAGGUGCCUUUGCGUGGGAACAACAAUUCCCAUAGUUCGUACCCAACAAAUGGGGAUAAUGUAAAUGUUAAUAGUAGAGAUGAUGACGAAAACUCCUCUGGGUGUACUCACCCUAGCACCACAAAAAAAUUCUUUAGGCCAGCACCACGGAUUGGAGAUCGAAGAAUAAGGAAAAUUUUGGCUUCUAAAUACUGGAAAGGAGCUCCAAGAUCAAACGAUGCAACACUUUCUAACACUGAUGGUGCUGAUUCAAAGCCUCUUUACCACAAGAGGAAGAACUAUUAUAAAUAUCAGAGAUCAGAAAGGCUAUAUCCUUUCAAAAAGAGGAAGCACUUUGCCUAUGGUUCACAAUUAGAUUCUGGAGAAGGGAUGAGUAAUGAGUUUGUUUCUGAUUCACCUAAGAAGGGCAAUGAUGAAGAUGCCGCUGGUUCCUGUUCAAAGCUGCAUGCAGCUAUUGAGGCCCCAUCUUCUGUUGCAGGUCAACACAAUUCAUUCCGACCUAGGCAUUCUCACGUGAAGCUUAGGAUAAAAUCUUUCAAGGUACCCGAGCUUUUUAUUGAGAUUCCAGAAAGUGCAACUGUUGGUUUAUUGAAGAGGACUGUCAUGGAGGCUGUGACCACUAUACUUGGAGGUGGAUUACGUGUUGGUGUACUUCUGCAGGGAAAGAAGAUUCGAGAUGACCAUAAAACUUUACAGCAGACUGGAAUUUGUCACAAUAAUCAAUUGGAUGCUUUGGGUUUUAGCCUAGAGCCCAAUUCUUCUCGGGCUGCCCCUUCUUUUUGCCCUGUGGAUUCUCCUUUUCUGAUUGACACAGCACAGCCUGUAAGCAGGUAUCCACCAGCUCCAAGCGUUGCACAUCAUGCCACUUGUGCUGCUUCUCCUGAGCCUCAUCAGACUAAUUUAGGGAAUUUAAUUGAAAGUGACCAUGAUUCAGCACCCUCUCCUACAGCUAUGUCUAUUGAAAAAGGCACAACUGAUUCAAAAGCUUUGGUUCCUGUGCCAGAAAUGAAUAUAGAAGCACUAGCUGUGGUUCCAGCAGAUCUAAAAUCAAAGCGCUCUGAGAUUGUGCAGCGCCGAAUUCGUCGACCUUUCUCUGUUGCUGAAGUUGAGGCCUUGGUGCAAGCAGUUGAGAAACUAGGAACUGGCAGCAGAUGGCGAGAUGUCAAGCUGCGAGCUUUUGACAAUGCAAAGCACCGAACUUAUGUGGAUCUGAAGGACAAAUGGAAAACACUUGUGCACACGGCAAGAAUAUCCCCUCAACAAAGGAGGGGAGAGCCUGUCCCCCAGGAGCUUUUGGAUAGGGUCCUAACUGCACAUGCUUACUGGUCCCACCAACAAGCCAAGCAGCACAUCAAGCAGCAGCAGCAGCCGCCUUCCCUAGAGCUCUAAAUGAGGAGCUUAGGACAAAAAAAAAAAUUAGAGUGGUAGAUUUCAUGUGUAUUAUUGUUAUUUUUAAUGUAUAAAUGAAAAUAAAGAUGUUAGAAGAAUUCUUGUGUAAUAUUCUGUGGCUCUGGCCUUGAUUCUUUUCCUUCCUGGAGAGGUAUGGCUCUUGUAAAUGGUGAUGGAAUAAGAGAUGUGCUAACGGAAUUCUUUUGUGACUCGAUUCAAA